AGUCAGCUCCCUACCAUUCAAACAACAACUACUUGCACUAGUACUACACACUACUAGUACUAGUACACAACAAUACUCGAGUCUAUACUUAUAAGUUAGUAUUCAACUUUAAAAUAUAUACAAUCUGGUAAAAUCCUUACUCCCGUGACCUCGUGUCAUCAUGUCUACAUCUACAUAAAUAUUAACUUUUUCAAACAAAUAUAUAUAUAAAUACUAUAUAUAUAGUAUAUAUUUUUUUAUAAAUAUUUACUCUAUUUAUAUUUAUAAAUAAUAAUAUUUAUUAUUUUAUUCAUAUAAAUUUUUUCUGUAACGGAAAUUUGUUCAUUCAAAUUUUCGCUAUCAAUUGCACAUAAAUAUAUACCAUAUAUACAUAUAUAUAUAUAUAUACAUAUUUAUUUAAAUAUCAACACGAUGGAAUUACGUCGACGUCAGCUUUCAAAUGAAGACACAAAUGAACUUCCACCGCGCGCGAAGAAAGUUCCAGCCUCAACACUAUUUAAAAUGCGACCAAAAAAAGUGUUUCUGUCACUGGGGAUCCUCCUGUUCGUCUACAUCGCGAUAUCCUUCAACCUGGAGCCGAUGCGUCUGGGCUCCACAGCAAUCGACAAUCUCGCGAGUUCCCUAAACCUCCAGAAACUCCAGUACGUUGUGAUAAUAGACGCGGGUUCAACCGGCAGCCGCGUGCUGGCCUUCACUUUCCACAACUCAAUCAUCAGCGGCGACCUGGUACUGGACCACGAGCUCUUCGCUGAAGUUAAACCGGGUCUCAGUAGUUUUGCAGACGACCCUCAAGCAGGGAUCCAGUCUCUCCAGACACUUAUCGACAAAGCAAAAGCUGUAAUUCCUGAGUCCGCUUGGCCGAACACUCACGUGAGUAUGAAAGCCACCGCAGGGCUGCGACUCUUACCCCGUCACAAGGCCGACAAUAUAAUAGCAGAGUGUACGAAGUUCUUCAGCCAGUCCGGGUUCCUCACCACCAAGAACUCGGUCUCCAUAAUGGAAGGCGUCGACGAAGGAAUCUACGCCUGGUUCACCGUAAACUUCCUCACCGAGAGAUUAUCGAGUUACCAAUUCGACAAAACAGCAGCAGUAUUAGAUCUAGGCGGCGGUUCAACUCAAGUGACCUACGCUCUGGAUGACGAAGACCUCAAGACAAUUACGAAACAUUACUACACAAUAACCGCAUUCAAUCGCAACAUGACUCUCUACACUUACAGUCAUUUGGGCAUGGGCCUGAUGGCUGCGCGCAAAGGAAUUCUUACUGGGGUAGGUCAUCACCAGGAGAACGAGAAGGAGAAGGAAAAGGACCAGGAUCCAAUAGACAGAGAUUCAGAAGUCCUGGUGAGAUCUGAGUGCAUAAAUCCGAUCGUAUCUGCCGGCUGGAGCUACGGAGGAGUGAAUUACUUGGUCAAGGGACCGGUCAAUGGCACGCACAAGAAAAUCAAAGGUCCGGGUGGCGCUGUCACUGAAGAAGACAGACCUGUUGUUAGAGUUAAUGAGUGCAUGAAGGUCGUUAAGAAUUACAUUGAUAACAUUGAUGAAAAACCUGCGGGAUUGGCUAAGCACAAUAUUUAUGCUGUUUCCUAUUACUAUGACCGAGCUACUGAGGCAGGACUAAUAGAUCCAUUUAAAGGAGGCGCUAUAACUUUGCAAUCAUUUCACAAAAAACUUAUUGAAAUAUGUAAUUAUCCAAAUACUGAUCAGCCAUUUAUGUGCCUGGAUAUGACGUUCAUUUAUGUUUUGUUACACGACGCAUUUGGUCUUGAUCAUACGACUAAAUUAAAUCUCUACAAAAAAUUCAACGGACACGAGCUAAGCUGGAGUUUAGGCGCAGCUUUUAGUCUCCUUGAUAGCGAAUGAUGUCGGCUCAAAGAAUAAAUUCAAAAUAGACAAAUAAUUAUUUUAUAGAAAAUUUUUACUCAUACAUUCGCUAGUACAAUUAAAUAUAUAUAGCUAAAUAAAUCAAGUGUCUUUAUAAAGUUGUACAAUUAAAUAUCAUGUUUUUUUUUUGUAAUUAAAAAAAAUGUUAGUGCCUUUGUAAAUAAAUUUUUAUUUUAAUUUUAAAA